UUGCCCUCUCUGACCCCACCGGAAUCUGCACCGAGGUCGGCUGGCUCUUUGUUUAUCUACGCGAGUUCAUGCCUUUGCCCAUCUCUGCUAGGGGAGGGGAAUUGGGUGAGAAUGUUGUUACCGCUCACAGGACGUCGCGCAGCUGGGAAGAAGGGGUGAGAAACUUCAAGGAACUUCGAGCCAGAUUUCAAAGAUGUGAUGCCCCACCUCUUCUAGGACCUAUUCAAUUCACAGUGAGUGGUUCUCAAAAGAGUGACAUCGCCUGCACAAGGCCCCCCCAGAUUUGGGCCCAUAGGAAACCCCUCGCAUCCAGCCACAAUUGGUCACCAUCACAUGGCUCCAGUGGUGAGUCCCAGACUCCUAAAGCCCAGCGAAUGAAGUUGACCCAGAGGAGUAAAAUUCAGAAGAGCCCAAGUUCCCUAGGACCUUUGGAAAACCCUACUGUGUGUUCUCCAAGAAAUUCCCAGGAAGCUUCUCUGCUCUUAGAUGUGAAUCAAUCAAAUACUGAGAAGACCACUGAGGAGAAAGGAGUGGUGGCCAACAGCUUCCAAGACAAGCUCAGGAAGUGGGAGAAAGUUUCGUCUCAGAAGAGUGUGAUGUUCUCGGCUCUUCUCCUUACCAAUGGUGGGGAUAAAGCCUUCCAUCCAGAAGGGCAGAAAAGCAUGAGCCCUCUUCCACAGAGACCAAGGGAAAAGAUUCAAACAAAAUGGGCCCUGACACUCCCUUCCAAGAAGGAGUUGACCCAAAGAAAAGCCUCUGAGCAACCCCCUUCUUUGCGUUCUCCAGCUGGCCAGAAGAACCAAGAGAAAGUCAGUAUUGAUAGGAGCUCAGCGGGUGGUCCCUGCCAGUCUGUUUAUGAGUGUGAGCUGGCCAUCCCAGCCCCAGCAAGCCCGCCAGACACCCAGCUUCGCCAGCUCCCCAAAAUCAAGCCACUGCCCCCUGUGGGCUCUCUGGGUCCGGCGCCCCCGAAGCCUCCGAAGCCGCCAGCCGUUGACCUCCAGGCCUUCCAGAGACCACUGGCCACUCUCUUCAAGACCCAAGACAAAGUGGACGUGGAAGAAUCCCUCCGUCCUCUGGAGAGUGCUGAAUUUGAAGAGCCACAUAAUUACGAGGCAACAAUUUCAUAUCUGAGACACUCUGGCGACUCCAUUAACCUGUGCACUGCAGAAGAAAUUGCUGAAUCAACUUAUGAAGUUGGAAUUGAAGAACUUCAAAAGCCUUGGAAGAGUUUUCUCCAUCAAGAACUCUGCCCUAAACAUGAAGAUGAAGAUAAACACAUGAAGGAAAAAGACUCAUGUGGAUUGGAACAUCAAAAUUCAGCACAGGAUCCACACUCAAAGAACCCUUUCAAGGUCGAUGUUUAUGAGGUGACACCGGAAGAUAUCCAGAUAACUGCCGGCCACAGAGAUAGAAGGAGCAUGGUGGCUCAACUGCAGGAGACCAUGACUGAUGAGAUGGCAGCAAAGGCCUGUCCUGAGGACAUGAAUCUGGCCAGGCCCUCCCAAGACCAGGGUGACUAUGUAGAGACUUUGGAGCUGACGGCACACACCCAGGCCCCGGUGGUCUUCAAGUCCUGUUCUGUGUCACAGGCCACGUAUGACGAUGUGGAUUGCCCCGUGACGGAUAUAUCCAAGUCAGACUUCUCCAGCUCAUUUGCCUCAGAUAGUGAUUUCUUUUUAGUUUCAGAAGAAAGUAGUGAAGAAAUGUAUGAGGAUGUCUACAAAACAAAGAGCAAGUCCCCCCAAAUAGAUUUAGAUGGAAAAGAAGCACUUAAGAGGCUGCAGCAAUUUUUCAAAAAAGAAAAGGACAGAUUUAAAAUGAAGGCAACCAAGUCAAAAGAAAAUUUAAGGGCAUUUUCAGUUUCACUGCCUGAUAUACAACUUAGGUCUCAGGAAGUGACUAUCUACGAUGAUGUGACCACAAGUGAAAGAGAGUCUAAUCAUGAAGAUAAAAUGAAAACUUGGAGGCCCAAUUUUCUUAUACCAAGAAGAAAAAAAGAGAAAAACGGUGAAGGAUCAGAAAGAUUUUUUCCUAGAAAUUUUUUCAGAAUCAAGAAGCAAAAUUACUUAGAAAAGAAUAGAGUAAGAGAAGAAAAGCUUUUUAGACGACGAUUUCAGUAUGACAAAGACAUUAUAGUCAUCAAUAGAGCAGUGGUAUGUUCCAAUAAUUCAAGAAAUGGAAUAUUUGAUUUGCCAAUAACUCCUGGGGAAGAACUGGAAGUCAUUGAUACCACUGAUCACAAUCUAGUGAUAUGUCGCAAUUCAAAAGGCAAAUAUGGUUAUGUCCUCAUUGAACAUCUAGACUUCAAGCACCAAGGCUGGUCCCAUUAGGAAGGUCAUGAUUAGAUGGGAAGGUCUGUAAGAGGGAUAAAGGAUUCUAGGACCUGAGACUUGCCUCACAGCAGUUGACCCGUCAAAAUGAGAUGGAGUUUCUGGGAACUCUGGGAAUGCAGAAGAGAAAAAUGGACGCAGAGCCUCAACGUUUAGUGUUGGUUUUACUCCUAAAAGUUUGCCUUUCAAUGUCUAUUCACUGCUGGUUCAGGAGAACGUGAAACAAUGUGUGUUCAUAUUGGAGCCCUUGCUUAAUGAGCCACAUAUAAACCUAGCAAUCAUGCCUUAUGGCACCUACUCAGCUGUGCAGAUGGCUGAUUUGCUUCAAUAAUAGUUUCUAGAAGUUGUUCCAGAAUUCAAUUUGGUGUAAUUCUGAACAGUAUAAAUGUAGCCAAGGUCUUUUUAAAUACUCAAAUUUAAGGUACAAUCCGAAAAUAAUUAUGGCUCAGUCUUUUAAAGAAAUCAAAAUAUGUGUCCUUUUGCUUUAUCAUGAAACAAAAUUGGAUAAAUGCUGUUCAAAAUCGAUUUUCUUUGGGAAUAGUGUGCUGAAAAAAAUUAUUCCUAAAUUCAACCAAUGUUUUGAGAAAUGUCUAGAAACAUUUAACACAAUCUUUAAAAAAAAAUGGUGUCACGUAAAGCAUCUUGGUACCUAAACUUAGUUUAUGCUCAAAAGCCUAUUUAAAUACCAUUUGUGUAUUUUCUUUUCACAAAAUAUUAAAAAGCAGAGCUGUCAGUACCAUUUAUUGUUAUUUUUAAAUGAUGUACACUGCAUGUCAAUGGGAUAAAUUCUACCUAUACAUCCAACCUUUUAAAUUGUAGG